AUGGCUGUAGAACGUGCAAAAAAUAAUGUUGUUGUACCUAAGAAAUCUAGACUAGAAAUGAACGUACGCCAACUAUUAAACAGAUGUGAAUUAUUCGCUAAACAAGAUCCUGUAGAUGCGGACUGUAAGCUCAAACAAUAUGUGAAAUCCUUAAAUGAUAUGAUCACUGAACUAAAAACCGGACCCGAAAAACCACCAAAAGAUGUUUUAGCUGAGUAUAUUAAAAGGGGGGCUUUUCUUAAAGGGCUCAUUCAAACAGCUAGCCUAAACAGCCCAAUUGAAAAGCUUGAAGCAGUACAACAAUUAUCCCAUGGUGCAGCAACUAAUUCUAAUGAUAAUGGCUCAGCUCAAGAAAUACAUCAAAAAACUGUUGCUAAAUAUGGAGUUGAGUUACGUUCAGAAUUAUUUGAACUAGAAGACAGUGACAAUACUUUGAGGCAGCGCAAUAUAAUUAAAGCAGCAAAUUUUACAAGCAAUAGCACCAGUCAAGAAGACAUUGAUUCCUUGCUUAAAUACCAUCAAAAUAUGCAAGAAAAAGUUGCUGAGAACAUGGUCAUGUUAACUAAAAGCUUGAAAGAACAAUCGCAAAUUGCUAGUACUAUUAUAAAAGGGGAUACUGAGGCAUUAAAAAAAUCAUCUGAUUUAUCAGAUAAAAAUUUGAUGUCUCUGAAAGUUGAAUCUGAGAGGCUGCAAGAGCACAGUCGGAGUGCAUGGAAAUGUUGGCUAUGGCUCAUGUUGGCUGUAGUCAUGGCUAUAUUCAUAAAUAUGGUAUUGUUUAUGAAAGUCAUGAAGAAGCGAAAAUAUGAAACA